UAUCUAAUAAUUGUUUUGAUGAACUUGUGUUUAUCUCUUUCAGUUAAGGCCUAAAGAUGGCCAUUCGACCUUUGAAGAAGGACAAGAAGGUUGUCAAGAGGACGAAGAAGUUCAUUCGUCAUCAAUCAGAUCGAUAUGUUAAAGUGAAGCAAAACUGGCGCAAACCAAAAGGUAUUGACAACAGAGUGAGAAGACGUUUCAAGGGACAAUAUUUGAUGCCAAAUAUUGGUUAUGGUACUGCCAAGAAACAAAGGCAUAUCAUGCCUGAUGGAUUUAAGAAAUUUCUUGUACACAAUGUUGCAGAACUUGAAGUUUUGUUGAUGCAGAAUAGAACAUUUGCUGCCGAAAUUGCACAUAACGUAUCGAGCAAAAAACGAAAGACCAUUGUAGAACGUGCACAACAAUUGGCCAUCAAAGUGACCAAUCCCAAUGCCAGACUGCGAUCUGAGGAGGAUGAGUAGACUGGUUUUCUGUGUACAUAAAACAAGAAAAAUAAAAGAAAAAACUCCACAA